AUGGCCUUCGAGUUGGCCGAGUUCCGUCAGGGGCCGUUUCAGGGCUUGCACAUCGCCACGGAUGGCUCGGCUCGGAAGGACCUAGAGGAGACGCACUCCCAAUGGGUUCUCGUCAAGCUCCAGGUGGCCAAUAAUGCGCGAUCAUCUACCGCCAGGUUCACUCACGGCACGGCUGGCAAGAUCAGAACGGCUGGGGCCAACGCGCUGCGCAUCCAGAUGGCUGCUCAGAAAGCGCGCAUUAUGGGGUUCCAGGAGACCAGAACCCCAGAAGGAUCCAGGAAGGCGGGCGGCUUCCACACCAUAUCUUCUGGGCGCGACGGCAAGGGUGUAGAG